AUGUCCUGCUUCGGCGGCCACGACGAGCAGAUCUACCUAAUCGAGAUACUGAUCGAUAGACUGACGUUAACGCCCGGUAAAAUCAAAGACAUCGGCGGGCACCCUAUCGUGAUCAAGAUCAAGCUGUUAGAUCUGCCCGUGUUCGAGAUCACGCGCGAUCAAACGGACGCGUCGAAGGCAGAAUUGCCGCAAGACGGCAGUGUGCGCUUCGCGGCCGGCAAAUGUUGCCUGUUCGUCAAGCAACCGCGCGAUCUGGUUCGCGAUCUUCGUUCGACGAGCCUGAGAGCCGGGGUGUUUCGCGCGGAUGACACUUAUCCCACGGCCGAGACCGAAUUAACACUGCCAGGCUGCCUGUGCGAUCAGGUCGCCAUGAUCGGCAACGACCCCGGCAACCUGCCGAGGCCGUUCACGGUGAAGGGGGGCUUCCAUCUUCUCGACCCGGGCGAGAAUCCGUCCGGCACGCUGCACAUGGAGCUCACAAUCACGUGUCUCGGACGUCUCUACGCGACGCGCCACGAACUGCACCCCAAGUCCCCCGUUCUCGCCGAGAGUGAGGAUAAGGAACGGGAGUUGUAUGUAAAGCGUUAUGUACCGCCCGAAUUUCUGCCCCAGAAAGAAGCGUUGCCGGAGGUCGCCCCGAUAGUAGAAAAAGCGAAACCGGAGAAAGCUAAAAAGGGAAAAGGCAAGAAGAAGAAGAAGAAAUAA